AUGGGAAAGAAGUCAGCUCGCCCAUCGACCAAGGUCGGCUCGGCUGCCGCCCCAUCCUCUAGCCUGACUCAGGCGGGCAGCAAGUCUUCCAUUCUGCGAGCUGCAUUCUCCCCAUCGGAAUACCAAUUGGCUCUGUUUGCGUCCGUCAUCCAAGGCCUCGAUGGCCAGCACAUCCGAGUUCACGAUACCAACACCGGACGUCUACAGUGCGAGCAUGUCCUGGGCCCGAAAGAAACAGUGACCUCGCUGGAUUGGGGAUACUACAACAACUCGGGCAAGGGUCGCGAUCAGUCGAAGAAGAAGCGCAAGCGUAGCUCCGAUGUCAACGGGCCCCCUGAUGGUUUGGACCAGGGCGACAUCGUGGUCGCAUUCGGCACUAACACAUCUGACAUCCGCAUGUACUCGCCAUCCGAGGAUAAGGUCGUUGGAACUCUGAGCGGCGCGCACGAGAAGGGAAUCAAGGAUUUCAAGUUCACAGCCGCUCGGCCCGCCGAAGAGGCCUGGAGUGUUGGUGGUGAUAACAAGCUUAUCCAGUGGGACCUGCGCACCGGAAAGAGCAUGCAGAUCAUCCAUCUCCCCGCAUCCUCCGUUUUCACCGCGCUGUCUCGCCCCGUUCCUUCGAACCCUCCUCUGAUCUGCGCCUCUCAGACACCUUUCUUAAUAGAUACCGAGAAAGCCGAGGAGCCUGUGCAAUUCCCAGCCAUGCGCAACCCCAUCCACACUGUCAUCUCGUCCUCUUCCGAAUCCGCUGGUGUGGGUGCAUUCCUCGCCUCCGAUGGUGACCGUUUCAUCAACGUUUUCGAUGCCGCUUCGCAGAAGCUCGUCCGCAACCUCGUCACCGAGCAAGAGGUUUCAACAAUUGCGUACAGUGGCACAGUCCUUGCUGCGAUCACUGAAGAUGGUACCAUUGAACUUUUCACCAAGCCAUUUGAUCAGCCCCAGGCUGCUCCUGGAGCCACCGCCAAGGCCCUACGCAAGCAAAUGACCCAAAAGGCACACGCAUCCGUCAAAAUCACGAAUAACGAGUUCUCGAACGCUUGUGUUCCAGUCGCCGCUGUUUCCUUCCAAGGCCCCAACAUCGUGGUCGCAUACACCGAAGGUGGUGUGGUCCCUGUGUUCGAGCGCGUUAAGUUCAUUGAAGACGACACCGAGGAAAUCUCCUUCACUGGAAUCAAGACUGUGGUGAAGACCAAGUCAAGCUCAGCACUUGCUGCUGCCACAACAAGCGGAGCCAAAGCCACAGGGGAAAGCCGCGUUAACGAGACCCACAUGAAUGUGGAACAAGGAAAUCUGGUUGAUGACGAUGUGGAGAUGGAGGAUUCAAGAGCUGCCUCUGACUCUGGCAGCGAGGAGGAUUCCGACGACGAGGAUAACAAGCAAAAGGCACCUGCCGAAAAGAAGACCAAGCCCGCCAAGGCCCCGGCGAAUGCUGACGUUGAAAUGCAAAAUGCCUCUGAAUCAGAGGAUGAAGAGGAGGAGGGCGCAGAGCCCUCAUUUGGCGAACUGAUGCGCGCUAAGGCAGAGGUCGACGUGGAGGCUGAACUCGAUGAUGAUGUUUUGCAGGGCGCACUAGUUCCUGGCAAGCCCCAGGCUGCAGUUCAACAAAUUCCUACUGGUGUUUCGCUCGCCACUGUUCUCACACAAUCCCUUAAGACCAACGACAGCGGCAUGCUCGAGUCAUGCUUCCACACUGGUGAUCUUUCAAUCAUCCGCACUACUAUCCAGCGUCUCGAUUCCUCUCUGGCCGCGACUCUGCUUCAAAAGCUUGCUGAGCGUUUGGCUUCUCGCCCCGCUCGUUAUGGCCACCUCCUCGUUUGGGUGCAGUGGACCUGCGUUGCCCACGGUGGUGCCCUGGCUGGCCACCCCGAUCUCCUGAAGCGCAUGGCUUCUCUAUACAAGGUCAUGGACCAGCGCUCUUCCAGCUUGCCCUCUCUCCUGCUGCUCAAGGGCAAGCUUGACAUGCUUGAUGCCCAAUUGAGCUUGCGCCAAUCCAUCCGUGGCGGUGACCAGGACAUGGACAGCGAAGACGAGGAUAAUAUCAUCUACGUCGAGGGCCAGGAUGACCUCGAGGAUAGCGAGACCGAGGCCAAGACCCCCCGGAAGUCAAUACGCGAUCAGGCGUACGAUGAGGAUGAGUCCAUGAUGAACGGUGUUGACUCUGAGGACGACGAGGAUGAUAGCGAUGAUGAGGAUGCCGACGAGGAGCCCAUCUUGGACAUUGAGGCCGCUGAAUCCGUUGGCUCUUCCGACGCCGAGGAGUCGCUGGAGGAGAAUGAAGACGACGAUGAAGAUGAGGCCGACAGCGACGGCUCAAUGGUCGACUUCAUUGCCGAUACGGAAGACGAGUCUGAUGAUGGCGCUCAGCAGCAGCCCCCGCCAUCAAAGAAGAGCAAGACUGCCAAGAAGGGCAAGGGUGGUCGGAAAUGA